AAACACUACAGAUACAAUAGGGCCCUGUUUCAGAGAGGCGAGGGCCCUAAAAACGAAAAACAAACAAACAAAAAACACAAUGCACCCCUCGCAGGUUACUUCCGGAAACAAAGAGCGAGCGCGUCGUCCAAUCAGAGACGACUUUCAUUUUAAAUGAGAGGCUUCAGUUCCCCGUCGGUGGAAAACACCAUACACCAAACUAACCUCAACGGCGGAGGUCAGAAAGACUUUUUAUCGGUUUGAGUCGGUGGACUUUGAGCCCCAGCUGCCUCUGGUUGGAACCAGCUGUUUGAUGGGAACCCAGGAGGCAGACAGAGAUUGGGUAGAUGUGGCGAAUGAUCUGCUCAGCAAGUGUCACAUAAACCUGAGGCUGAGGAAGGUGACAGACUGCGAUGCCAAUGUUUUCAUCGCUUUGUAUGAGAGCAUCUUGGGGGAGAAAGUUCCAGAUUAUAUUGCAGCCCCAUGCUGUCAAGAGGAUGAUGUCCAUAAUGUUCAGUCUGUGAUUGACUCACUGGCUUUGGAUUACCUUCAGAUCAGCCUCUCGCACAUCACAGGGGAAAAUAUUGUCAGAGGGGACAAAGAGUCUAUCAAGAACCUGUUGGAAAUCUUCGAUGGCUUGCUGGAAUAUCUCAAUGAGGAGAUAAGUGAGGAGUCACAUAAUGGAGAAGUGAGCGAUGUUCUCGUGGAGGAUGAACCUCGUGGAAGCACACAGCCGGUGGACUCUGAGGUCGCAGAGCAGAAGGAAGCCCAGCUGGAAGGAGAGUCACAGUUUUCCAGUGGAGAGUCCGCUGUUCAGUCCAGUAAAUAUUCCCUCCAUUCGUGGAACGCCGAAGAGACGGAAUCAGCCAAUGAGCUCAUUGAGCUGGGAGACUCUGCACGCACAUUCACAGCUAAAAAAGACGGAGUAGCUGUUGCUCCUUCAGCCACAGAGCCCAUCACCACCUCAGAGCCUCAGGAGUCCCAGGCCACUCCGCUGACUGAACCGCUGUACUCGGCCAUCCCUCUCCAGCCCCCCUGCCAGAGCAACACCCCCCAGAGGCCCGACAUUGCACCUGUCUCGUCCAGCCACCCACCUCCAGCUGAUGGCCUCGGGCCCUCAGAGGAGGAAGUCGCCCUGGUCACUACAGAGAGUUCUAGGCAUGUGUUGGAGACAGCUACGGCCAAUGGACUACAGUCUCCUGCUUCACGUCACUCUCCUGCUCUGAGUGAGAAGCCUGUAUCCAGUCAACAGCGAGCCAGGACGGAGCUGGAAGAGGAGACACUGGAGCCAACUAACGGGGGUCCCAGGAGGGUUUUGUUCCGCACCCAGCCAGAUGUACUCUUCCUCACCCUGCAGGAUGAGAUGGAGCCCACCGACCCCACCCCACCUGACAGCGAGGAGGAAGAGCAAGAUGAGGACGAUGUAAAUGAUACCCUGAGGCAACAGGACAGACAGACAGCUGACAGAAAGAGGAGAGGCCGCAGGAGCAGGAUGGAGGAGGACGGUUAUGACGAUCCUCUGUCUUAUCGCAGGCAGAAGAACAGGCAAACCGAAGAGGAGCUGCAUCUCAUGUCAGAGAAACUCUCCCGACGACUUGAGGAGCUCGACGAGAUGCUUAAGCGAGCUCUCGGUGAAAGCGGGGAGUCCAGCGAGGUGAGGGAGGAGGACAAGCAGUCCCACCACAGCGACAGCAUCAUGGAGUGUCGCCGGACGCCCAGACCACAGACCGGAACACCCCACCCUGAGGCCACCCACCGGACACGCUCCCUGUCCCCCUCCCCUCCACGGGCCUGUCGCUCCCUGCAGGGGCAGCUAGGGGGCGCUGUGAUGGAGGAGCUGAGCCUGGACGACGGGAGACAAACCAACCUCACAGCUGCCAGACGCUCGCGGCGAGGACAGCUACGCCAGAGACAGCGUCACAGAAACUACAGAGAGCAUGUGAUGAGUAAAGCCUAUGAGGAAGAGCUGAAAAGAUAUGAAGAUAGAGAAAGGGCAAACCUAGACAAGGAGCGCCUCAAAGCCCAGGAAGCAGAGCGGGCAUACAGAGAGGCGAUACUGAGUGAUGUUCCCCCGGCCCCCCGAGUGUCCCCAGCUAAACCAACUCCUCAGCAUCGCUCACAACGCACCAGACCGACCAGCACAGGACACAGACGACAGGAGUCUCCCAGGAAACCCUCACAAAUGAAGGUGAAGGAGAAUGACCUCCUCCCAAUUCUCAUGGAGGAGUUCCCUCACCUCCACAUCUCCCGUCACACCCUGGGCCGCAUGUGGGAGCAGCAGCUGCAGCAGGUGGACAGACUUCACGCCAUCUCCUCUCACAGCCACCAGAAACGCAACAAACUCUCCAGCCAGGUGGAGGAAGCCCAAAAGAAACACGACCUGCUGGUGGAGAUUGUUCGCAAAGAACAAGAGCACAGCAGGCGGCUGAGGGACUUCAAGGAGCGAAUCCAGCAGCAGAAGUCGGCCCAGAACAGACUGAAGGAACAGAGGCAGCAGAUCGCUCGAGCCAAGAAGUACCACAACGACUACCAUGUUCAGCUCCGCGCCCGCCUGAUGAGGGAACGCACCAAGGAGGAGAAGAUGUUCCGCCAGCUGUUUGAGGAGGGCCUGGAGCUGCAGAAGGCCCGGCUCAGGGAGCAGAGGGCCUACGCCAGGGAGAAGCGGCUGGAGCACCAGAGACGACACCAGGACCAGAUCAAGUCAAUGGAGAACUACUACAAGGACCAGUUUUCACUACUGGCUGAAGCGCUUGCACAAGAAAGGGAGGAGAUCCAGGUCCGGAAAAAAGCUCAAGAGAAGACCCUGUUGAAGAUGAGGCGAGAGCUGCGUUCCAGGAUGGAGCGUGAGAUUGGUGAGCUGCAGAGGAUCAUCAUCCAGAAUGACGAAGAUGACUACUUCAGGGAGCUGGACGUCCAGAGGCUGCGCAGGCGGGUCCAGAUGGCCUCCUUCCAGUACAGCACUAGCUGUCUGCCCUGACCAGAAGAGGCUCCAAGCUGAAUACUUCACAUAUUGAAGGCUGGAUUUACUCUGGAGGAAAAUACUGCAAAAGACAACAUUGUUUCUGCCAGUCACAUCUGCGGGUGACAUCCAGACUGGUGCUAACAAUGUCGUCUCAGCACACAUCUUCCCUCUAAGAUUGUUUUGCACAGGAAGAGAAAAUUCACUUUUAAUGUCUUAUGUAGUUAAAGGUCACAUAGUGACACAAUGUACUCGACUCAACAACCAAAUGGGGCCAUGAUGGAGCAAGUAUUUAUUGAACUGAACACACAGAUGAAAUGUAGCUAUUAACUCUUCCUCUCACCUCGGCUGCUAUACACAAACUUACCAACAGCUUGGACCACGUCCUCCUCUUCCAUGUGUUUUUUAGUAUUUACUAAUUUUAACAAUGUUUUAAAGUGACUCCCUCACUGUGCAAUCUUUGUGUGCUGUUUUGUAGCAGACUAGUUCAGAAACGUUCUUCCUCUUGCCAACUGGGACCACAGAUGCAAAAAUAAUUAGUAUGAAUGUCAGAUUGACAAGAUUUUUAAAAUACAUUUUUCCUUUCUUUUACACAAGAUGUCUUCCUUAUUGUUUUAACUGUGCUGUGCAUUAUUUAUUUGAAUGUAUUAUUAAUAAUUUUUUUUUUUAACAAUCCUGGUUCUGUGCUUUCUGGUCACCAGGGGGUGAUGAUAAUCAGACAUAUGACUGCCCCUUACCUUUGAAUUGUAUUUCUAUGGCUGCAUUCAGACAGGAUGCAGCAGAAAUAUAAGAAAUCUUGUACAUUUUAAUGUUCAUAGUGCGUUUUGGCUGCGGCAGUACAUGCCACAGAUGUUUCACGGCGGCGUCCAGCAAGAAAGUUGAUUCAGACUCAACUUCUGCUGAAAUGCUGCAUCGACCAAUCACGUAGCGGGCAGACAGUGGACUGAUUCUGUGUGAAUGCAGCCCAGCUGUAGCCAGAGCUGAGGACCAGGUGGUGUAACACUACUUGACCAAUGAUAGCAUCACACCAAGGAAACACUGUUGAUCAGUCUUGUGCAUUUUGUCUAAUCAAUACACAUGACCUUCAUCACCUA